GCGGGGGACGGAGGGGGGCGGAGCCCGGCAGAGGAAAGAUGGCGUCUCUUCGCUGUAAGAGAGACCCCUGCGGCGUUAUCUGCCUCGUUUUAACGUAUUUCAGCGUGUUUUACGCGGACUACGUGGUCAUUCAGUAUGUGCUCCUCCCCGCCUACUCCGACAGUGUGUGGUGUUCUCUCCACGGAUCAGUGUUCAACCUGAUCCUGCUGCUGCUGCUCACCUGUCACUCAAAGGCCGUCUACUCAGACCCCGGUAUGGUUCCUCUUCCUGAGACAGCCAUCGACUUCUCAGAUCUUCGUUCUCAGUCGUCUCGAAUGAACGAGCGGGGCUGUGAGGGCUGGACGGUGUGCAGCCGCUGUGAAACCUACCGACCUCCCAGAGCGCAUCACUGCCGCGUCUGUCAGAGGUGUAUCCGCCGCAUGGACCACCACUGUCCCUGGAUCAACAACUGUGUCGGAGAGCUAAACCAGAAGUAUUUCAUCCAGUUUCUCUUCUACACUGGCAUGGCCAGCCUGUACUCCAUGGUGCUGGUGGUGUCAGCCUGGGUGUGGAGGAUCAGGAACGAGAGAGAAGGAGAAGCAGAGAAAGAAGGAGAGGAGUCGCCCAGUAAACACCUGAUAGUCGCUCAUUACAUCAUCCUCCUGGUGGAGUCGGUGCUGUUUGGAGUGUUUGUCAUGGUCAUCUUCUACGACCAGUUGGUGUCCAUCAUCACAGACGAGACUCCCAUCGAGCAGAUGAGGAACAGGCUGAUGAUGAAGGACCGGGGCUCCUCCUCCUCCUCCUCCUCCUCCUCCUCCUCCCAGCUGCCUCACCACCCCACACACACCCGCAAGCCCAAGCUGGCCCUGCUGCGGGAGGUGUUCGGGCGAGGUUCGGUCUUCUGCUGGCUCCUCCCCCUCCACUCCAGCCCUCCGACAGUUGGCGGCAUCACCUACUCCGCCCUGCCCGACUACGACGUCUGACCUUUGACCUGUGAGAGCGAGGGGAGGAUGGAGACGGAGGUUUUUAGUGUGUGUGUGUGUGUGUGUGAGAGCAUUUUCUGCCUAUCUACGAUGUCUUAUCUUUAUCUGUGGACCUGAGGAGGCUGAAGGCCCAGACUGGGACGACUGAAGAGUGUGUGUGUAUUAUAUGAAUUAAUGAGUGUGUGUGUGUGUGUGUGUGUGUGUGU